AUGUCCAUCGCCCACAGAAAGCUGCUACAGAGAGAUGAGAACGAAACUCUCACGAACUCGACAACUGGGAGAGACGAGAGUGAGUCUGUGGCAUCGCCGUUCAACUCUUCUAUGACGCUCACUGUUGUUGUUCUUUUGACGGCUCUUUUCUUCUUGGGCUUCUUCUCUGUGUACAUCCGGCGGUUCUCCGACGAGCCUCCGCCCCUCCCUCGCCGCCGUUUCCGCCGUGCUCCGACCAUAACUGCUUCAUCUCCGGGUUCAUCGCGUUUAAGCCACUCGAAAAGCGGGGCGGUGUCCUCAGCCGUCCGAUCGUUGCCCAUCGUGUCGUACUGUGGACCCGCGUCGCAGCAGAUUGACUGUGCGAUUUGUCUCGGCGAGUUUGAGGAGGGAGAGAAGGUGAAAAUGAUCCCGUGUUGCAAGCAUGUGUUCCAUCCGGGGUGUAUUGACACGUGGCUGUCGGGGAACGUGACGUGUCCGCUUUGUAGGUCGACGAAGAUGGACGUCAUCGAAGAGGUGGAGAGGAGAUGGACGGUGGAUGAGAGGGACACGUGGAGGAUGGAGGGGGUGGUGAAUUUUAGGAGGACACGUAGCUUGUCCAGCUUAAGCACAUGUGUCGCGUUGCAGAGGAGUAACAGCUUUUAG